GGAGGCAGGUGUUGGUGGCAGUGGUCCAAGCCAGGUGGUGGGGCACGUGUGUGUGAGUAUGUCAGGGCAUGAAACAAAGUCCACCCAGAGAAGGCUUUUGCCAGAGGCAUGGGUGGGAGAUGCCAGUGGGCUGUGGCCUGGGACCUGUGUUUCUUGGGCCUGACCUGUUGUCUCCUUUUGUGGUGGCUGUGGUGACUGGAGCUACGUGCCAUGUCUGGGACCCUGAAGAAUGAGAUUGAGUUAUUGUGUGUACAAAGACAUAAAGUUGAUGUCACCCUUGAUGCUGACACAGCUCAUCCUAGACUGCAAGUGUCUGAAGAUGGGAAGAGUGUAACAGAUACUGGUGUGAUCAGAAAGGUGCCUGACAAGGACGAGAGAUUUGAUUCCCACACUUUUCUGUUGGCAAAGGAAGGUUACAGAUCGGGGAGGCACUACUGGGAAGUAGACGUUGGAAAGAAGCGAAACUGGAACUUGGGUGUUGCCCAGGAGACUGUGAGACGAAAAGAGACAGUGACUCUGUCCCCUAAGAAUGGUUUCUGGGUCAUAGGGUUAGCAGAUGGGCAGGAGUAUUGGGCCCACUCAGAUCCUUGGACCCGUUUGAUGGUGAGUGGGAGACCACAGAAGAUUGGGAUCUUCCUGGACAUCUCAUCCAAGAAGUUAUCAUUCUUCAGUGUUCAUCAGAAAAAGUUACUGUACACUUUUACCUCUGUUAAUCAUCACAGCCAGAAUGUGAAGCUUUUUCCUUUCUUCUCAACAGGUACAGCUGCAACCAGUUCUGACACUGAGCCUCUAAGAAUUGCAGGGGGCUUUGAUGAUGAUGACAAGUGAAGGGUUGAAGUGAAAAUGCAUGGUUAAUUAAUGACCAAAAUCCAAAGUCUGAGGUCAGAUGACAUUGUAUUCAGCCCCAUGCUUUUUGCCACCAAGUAGAAACAUAUAAAAUUCUUCCAUCAUUGCUUGCUAA